GUGGUUGGCGAGCAUUCUACCGCUGUAGCACUGACGCACAAUAUGGCACAUAUGUAUUUCGUAUAUUUGUGUGCCGAUAGUCUAUUUUAUUCUUUGUGCUCUCUAUUGCUGAGUGUGAAAGUAAUAACAUGGUAAUAUGAUUGUGAAGUUUAGGUGAAUAAGGAAAGCAGACAUGAUGUUCACCAACAUAGAGUGCGUAUAGUGGGCACAAUGUUGAUCCACUUGUGAAGUGUGAGACGUAGAUUUCAAUAUGACCAUCCAGGUAAAGUUUAUGAAAGCACUCUACUGUCCAGGCCUUCACGUUAAGACGUCUUAGAGUGCGCAUAAGUAAAAUAUGAGUCGACUGAACGUAUAAUUCGUAUAAGAAUACUGACUGUUUCAACAUGUUAGCCGUUUAAAGAUUAGAGAAAUGAAAUGUGAGCAAAAAAUAACGAGAUAACUAAUUAGUGAACCAGAUAUUCGAGAUUCUGGAAGUAUGUACACAUUGAUUGGGAUGGAUAAAUGAUAAACAUUGAAAAGCCUAAGUUGUAGGUCAGAACACCUUCUUUGGUCCUAUCGAAAUUAGAAAAGUGACUGUUCUCCAAGUCCGAAUAACCCACAUGUUACCACUUUUCUUGGCUAGGUCAUCCAAUUUCCGAUUCGUUUUCUGUAUAAUUGUAGAGUUUAUAAAAGUGAAAUCCAUCGCAUCUGUUUCUGCAUACGCUCUUUUACAUUAAGUCUGAGUUGGAUGGUAUUGGUUCUUGAUUGUUGGUUUAAUCUCUGAGAAUGUCUCACUAAUUUUUGCAGCAAUUGCAUCGAAUGUUCUCAACUAUUGCAAUUAAACAAUGGGAGUGCCCAGAUCUCCAAAAGAGCAUCUGCUUGGUAACUCUUUGGGCAAUCAUACUGUGGCAUCAAAGCAGGGUGUGAAGUUCAACUAAGGUAUUUUGUGGUUGUCUGGGUGAGUGGUAACUUUUAGAAGCAGAAGCCCUAAACCAGGACUAUUUUUGUAUGCACUUGCCUAUAACCUAUAUAUUUGCAUCAUUUGAGAGCUUAUGUGGUAUAUUUGCUGGAGCUUUUAUUAGUGUAAUUAGUUUAUUCUGACUUAUCUUAUAGAUAGCCUCUUUUGGACUAACAAUUGACGACUUCCUUGGUUUUCGUCUAAACGAUGUCGCAACGAAGCUUUUUAAACUAUCAGUUCCUCCUUGGUCUUUGAACGUGUGUGGAGAAGGUGGAGAAUUCGAGACAACUACGUUAGACUGUCCUAUGUUUCGCAGUAGAAUUAGUUUGGCAUCUGAGCCUGAAUUAGUGAUACAUUCUAAAGAUCCAUUUUCACCUACUGCAUAUCUCCGUUUAAAAAAUUUGAUACUAGAGGCUAAACCUUCAGACGAAGUUUAUUAUACUUCAGAACAACUUUUAUCUUUAGAAGGUAAAUGUAUUAACAACCAAGGUAACAACCAUACAUCAGCUCGUCGUCCAUUUAUCUCUCCGCUUGAUAGACUCAAGGAAAUACAGUUGAAAACAUGUGAAGAAAUUAGAAAUGAUAUUAUUUGUACGCAACUUAACACAAGCGGUUCUCUAUCUAUUACUAGUGAUGAUAAUACUCAGAAAUGUAAUGAAGUUAAUCUAAAGUCACUGAAUGAUUUCGCCAGAUGUUUAGGUAGUGAAAUAUGGCUGACGUCAAAUUUUAUUGGUACAAGUGAGAAAUCAGAUAAGAUUGAUGAAGCUACCGAAAAUGCUUUCCAUCAAAUGAAAAAUAUGUUCGAUUCAAGUGGAAUUGAACCACAACAGAUAUUACAAUUCAUUGUUGUUUUAAGCCAGCCACUGUCAGCUGAUGUGUUCAGCGUGUUCAAUCAAGCUUACACUGUCCAGUUGAAUGAAUGGUUUGAUGAGAAGUCGAAGAAUCAUAUCACCCAUAAGUCUAAACCUGUCACUUCGUAUUUGCCAGCACGUGUGUGUAUUAGCAUGAAUUCUUUUUCACAGGAAAUCAAUGUACAUUCAAGGGAAGGAUGUAGAAUCAGUCUGUCAGCUAUUAUCUGUCAUGGUAAAUCGGAUAUGUAUGAGUGGAUAAACUCCCUUCGAGGUUUGUACGUUCAAUCGAUUUCACAUUGGGCCCCAGCUAAUAUUGGACCAUACAGUCAAGCAAUAGGUGUUCCUACUUUAUGUUCUCAUUCUGAAAAUUGUACUUCUUCUUGUGGUUUGGAACAAUUUACCUUCUAUUCAGGCCAGAUUGGUUUAAUUCCAGAACUCGAAGUACUUCCAUCACAAACUGGGCAUUUUUCAAGGAUUACUGAAGCACUAGAAACAGAAUCUUGGCUUGCUAUAAGACACUGUCAUCGAAUAAUGAAGUGUAUGUCACCCUCUAAAAUAUGGACGAAUUUAUUUAUUGGAAUUUGUUAUGCCGUUGAUGAAGAUUCUCUGAUACAAGCUCGAAAGCAUUUCCAUCUCAGCGUUUGUUCUGUGAUUUCAGACAGUAAACAUAUCAGUAGCAUGUGUGACUGUAAUAAAUGCAUUGUAUGGAUCAUUGUAUCUGGUCUACCGAAAAAUGCUUCAGUUGAAUGGCAGUGGAUAACUGGACCAUCUGCUUCAUUGGUUACGUCGGUCGAUGAUACAAUUAACAAUGGUUCAUUUGUUCCACAAAACACUUUUAUGCUGUUUUAUCGAUAUGAUUAUUACCAAUCAAACCAAAAGAUACUGCUUGAGUUGCUUAGUGCUUAUAAAGGAUUUGUUCUGCCUGUUAUUAAGUUUGCUGAUCCUAAUGUAAAUACCGUUUUCGUUUCUGUUCACAAUAAAUAGUAAUUAUGAA